AUGGCGUCCGGAACCCCGCAAGAGUUCCUGUCUCUACCGUCUGGUCCGGAAAGUAACUACGCCAUUGUAUUUGCUGAUCGUUUGACGGACGCCUUUGGAGGAGAAUGCGAUGGCCCGUUACAGGAUCCUUAUUCUGGACGUGCCGGUACCACGACAUUCAGUAAGGUCAGAAUCAAGUUCGAAAACUCUGGGGUCAAGGUUAUCCAAGAUGACUACACAUUUGCCCAAACCAUUGGUGACAACAAUGUACCUUAUGCGGAGGCCGGUGACUGUUACUCCUGGAAACAGGGAUGUGCCAAGGGGACGUUUCAAGUAAAUUUGACGGGAACUGCACUACAGCUGGCACUUGGCGUCCACUGGGUCAUGGGGGAACGAAAUCCGAACUACAUCGCCAUGAAUGAUAUGUUCAUCUCUGAGGACAGAAAGUUUGCCACAGCGCGAUGUGGGGGCUGGUGCGGACACUGCUGGCCUAAAGACAAGAACCUCCUGCUCUCACAUCCGAAUUGCGAACGUCAGACAGACGGCGCCACUGAAACGGACAGUCCACAGUCCCUCAGCUGUUCAACAGCGACUUAUACUUCACUCGUCGUCAGCUGGACUCGGCCGAGUGCGCGCCUGCUCGGGUACAGAGUGAACCAUACGCUGGUUAGUGACAGUCCUUCCGAUGUGAUGACGACAAACGUAUGUCCGGACAGUGAGAGGUCAGUACUCCAGGAUGUCCAGGCUGACCGGGAGUACAAAGUGACAGUCGUAGCUGUGGGCGUGUAUAAGGAAAGCUCUCCAGUGGAGAUGACUUGUGCGACGUUGACGCCCCCACCAGAGGACUUCCAGGCGACAGACGUCACAGAAACUUCCGUCACAGUCUCCUGGAAGCUGAGGACUAACUCCCUCGCUAUUGGCAACAGGGUGUGGGUAACGCGGAGUGAUACCACUGAGAGCCUGUUCACACAGUUCGUGCCCUCAGGUCAAACCGAUGUGACAUUUGAUCGCCUCAGUCCUGCUACAGAGUAUAUGAUAUCAGCCUCGAGCAUCAACAGGUACAACGAAGGACCAGAAACGAGUCUCACUGUGGCAACAGGAACAGACAGUCCAAUGGCUUUGGACGUUGUACAGAAGACAACCAACUCUGUCCUGAUCUCAUGGUUACCACCUAAAGCAGUCCUCACCGCGUACAGCAUAACGUACACAGAAGAAGGGAGAGGUCUACGUACGUCCAUGAUGUUGUCAGGAGACGUGGACAACUAUGAAGUGACAGGUCUGAUUCCCGGUACUCGGUAUGACAUUGAGUUGGUGGCCGUUAGCAGGUUUGGGAGGAGCCUUGCCGCCAGUACAAGUGUUAUAACAGACACAGAUCCACCUUCAAGUCUGAAAAUCACCAAGUCCUCCACCACAUGGCUAUUCCUUGAAUGGAAGUCACCUGUAGCAAACAUUCUGUCCUACGACUUGGAUAUUUUGGACGAAUAUGACACGAAAGGAACAUUGAUAAGCAUUGAGGGACACAGAACAGUAUACAACAUCACUGAUCUUCUACCAGGAACCACAUACGUCAUCAAGAUGGCCGCCGUCAGUGAGCUUGGUCGUAGUGAGGUCAUAACGUAUUCAGGUAGUACAAGUAUGGCAUACACGACAGAAACUACCCCUGGAAAACUAACGCAUCCUCCACCGACCACAAACACGCCCGAGACAGACAGGAAAGAAUACACCGUGCCUCUGGAAUGGACGACAGAAAAUCCUGUUGAAAAACUUCAGAAGCUCGCCCAAGGCCUAGACCAGAGUUUUCCAGAGGUAGUAGGACCAGACGACAUCCUUGAAGUAACUACCAACAUCAAAGAAAUCAUCAAUGCCGGUGAUGCCUCUGAAUCAGAGAUGCUGCCUUCAGUUCUGCAAACUACGGCGAAGAUCACAGAAAAUCUCGCCUCUGCCGCUAGAGGGCUACAGGGUGUAUCAGGAGAGAAGAUGGAGACCAUUGCCGAUGCUUUGGUGCAGACGGCGUCAGCUGUUGUAGAUAUGUUACCGGAACCGGAAACACAGACUGUAAACUAUUCUGACAACUUGUUUGAAAGCGAUGUCAUCGACAUGAGUGACCCUGACUUUUCCCCCAAGCAGCAGCUGAAGAUGUUGAAAGAAAAACAGGAGGAAAAGCAAAGCAUGCAGUCUGUCGCACAGAUCCAGGACAAGAAAGACUACCAACUAUCUUUCUCAGCUGUAGGCUGCUCGUCGUGGAAGGAAAAUAAGAAACAAUGGAUGAUGGAAGACUGUAAUGCCACCAUUAACCUGAAGAAUGGAGCCAUCAACUGCAGGUGUCACAUGUCGGAAUGGAAAGUUUCUGUGGGGACCAUGACUCUUCCAGUUCCCAACUCCAUCAACUUCAUCAACGCGUUCCAGAACUUCCUCCAUCUGAGCGACAACUCCGUAGUGUUCUCCAUCGUGGUGUCUGAGACCAUUCUGUACCUACUUCUCAUGGUUCUUCUGUGCGUGGACUUUCACCGUCUAUGGGUAUCAAUACGAUAUCGCUUCACCUCCCGGAUCAGUCCCACUUCUGGAGUGAUCGGAGAAGCGAACAACCAGAGUAAGCCCCUGUCCAAAGUGAGUCUGAUCCCGCCAGACAGGAUGCCGGCACCUCACGUCUAUCAGCUCACGGUCACCACCGGGUCCAUGUUCGGGGCAGGGACCACCUCACGGAUCGGACUCCAACUCUUCGGGUCAGAGGCCACAUCUCCAGUCAAGAUGCUCAACCCAGGAGGAGAGGAGUUGGUUCGUGGAAGUACUUUGCAUUUUGUCAUGCCUGUGCGAGAGUCACUUGGAGAAGUGAUGUUGUUGCACAUCUGGCAUGAUAACUCUGGGGAAGGCGACACGGCAUCCUGGUUCCUCGGAAGUUUUGUCGUCAGAGAUGUAGAAAAGGAUGUUGUAUCUUACUUCAUCUGCAAUGACUGGUUGUCGACAGAGAAAGGGGACGGUGAAGUGCAGAAGGUGGUUCACUCAAGCACUGAGGCGGAACUGACAUCUUUUACCAACGUCUUCAAUGAAGCAACCAGAGAUGUACUGUAUGAUAAACAGCUGUGGGCAUCUGCCAUUGUAGCAGCGCCUGGGUCCAGCUUCACCAAGGCCCAGCGUCUGUCCUGCUGCUUUACUCUGGUGAACACCAUGAUGCUGGCCAGCGCCAUGUGGUACAAGGCAGAGAAUACAACUGCUAACGCAAGGGUGUUUAACCUGGGAUUUGUUCGUUUCACUGUUGAGAUCUUUGUGCUGUCUGUUGCCCUGGCUGCUAUCUUUACCCUCCCGUUCCUCAACAAGCCAGCAGCUAUCCGGAAAGAAGACCUGCAGCUGGACCUGUGGAAUUCAACAGCACCGAAGAAGAUUUACGCACCUGUAAAGCCUGAUGGUCAAUCGGCCAGGAAGAAGAAGGAGCUGGGUAAGAAGUCAGCUUCUGUACUGAAGGAGUUUCUUCUGCUGCUUGUCUUCGUGGUCCUCCUCUUCUACAUCGCCCAGGCGGACAAAGACCAACAUGCCGUCUAUGAGAGACAGUCACUGUCCAACAAUAUUCUGCAAGAAUAUGAUGCGAUCAAAACCCCGGACCAGUUUUACAGUUGGCUUGAGGACGUGUGGAUGCCGACCCUUUACCCAACCACCUGGUACAACGGAAAGAACAUGAAGUACUUAGACCGACAGUUUGCACACAACACGGGAUCCUUCCGCGUCGGUCCACCACGGCUGACACAAAUUAGACAACUUCCAGGUGACCUUGGGUUUGUACGAUUUCUUGACCUGACUGCUGCCUUGUGGUGGGAUGCGUGUUUCAAGCACGUCUUGGGCCUUGUUGUCUUCAUCAACACCAUCACCCUACUUCGCGUCGUCCGCUUCAGUCAAACGGUUGGCAAACUGCUGGCCAUCCCCGGUAUCAUGAAGGACGAGCUCCUGUCCUUCUUAGUUGUUGCUGCCGUUGCCUUCAUGGCCUUUGUCAGUUCAGGACACCUCAUCUUUGGAAGCCACAUGGAAUCUUACACAGACCUGUACCAUACAAUGUUUGCACUCUUCGAGAUGAUGCUUGGCAGGUUCUUCGCCCAGGACAUGGUGGAUUCCAACCCUCUCACCGGGCCGAUCUUCUUCUCUUCCUUCAUGAUCUGCAUCUUCAUCCUCCUGAUGAACUUCCUCAUGACCAUCGUCUGUGACGCCAUUUCCGCUGACGUUGACGUCACCCACGACUCUGAACUUGCUGAGUACAUCUGGAGGAGUUUCCGGGCUAUGUUGGGGUUACACAGCACGCCGGAUAAGGAGGAUAAACCAGGUGUACUAAAGAUGGAGGAGUUGAAAGCCAACAUAUGCAUGAUCCGGGACAAACUUGACCAAAGUCUGGACAUCUGCAACUCCAUCCUGCCACCGCCUUCACGUCAACAGAAGAGUAGCCCGACCUCAGACGUGCUUAACCUUCUGAAGUAUGGCCGUUUUAACGCUUCUUACAAAGUCAUCUGCAGAGAACAUAAACUAGCAACGAUUGACGAGGAGGAUGCAUAUGCCAUCAUGGACGUACAAGCCGUCGCUCUUACGUCUGGAAACCCGGAUAACGUCAACGUAAAGGACUUUGACAUUGACACCGAAAUCCAAACCCUGAUGCAAGAAUAUGAGAAAGAAGAGAAAUCGUACCAACAAAUGGCAGAGAAUAAACUACUAACAGAAGUGAGAGUGCAGACCAAGAAAAUCGAAGAUAUCCUUUCGAGGAUGAACCGCAGUACGGCCGAAGCAGGUGUGCAGGAGGUGGCCCAGUGUGCCCAGGUUGCAGCAGCUUCAUAUGAGAAACAUCAUACAAUGACUGGUACACAAGAAUCAGCACAAUGUCCUUCAAGAAACGUGUGGAUCUCCGAUCUAAGGCUCACCGCUGAAGACAAGGCCGUACUCCUUAGUGAUGAGGUGCUGACAGACAAACACAUCCAUGCCGCACAGAUGUUACUCCGCCGUCAGUAUCCAGGAUUGGGAGGACUACAAGAUACGGCAGUAGGAGCGUCUUCGUACGGAUACACACGGGUCUCCGGAGAAGGUCUACAGAUUCACCACACCGGCCAAUUCCACUGGGUAGUCUCGUCCUCCAUAGGUGGACAUGUCAGUGUGUAUAACAGUAUCCCCAGUGGAAUAAAUGAUUCAUUGGAGUACCAGUUGUGUCAGUGCUACCAGCCAGUCUCCAACUUGGACACCGAUGUACUAAUUGUCAAAUUACCACGUGUGCAGCUGCAGAGUAGCAGCAGUACCUGCGGACUGUUUGCCAUAGCGUGGGCGGUAGACAUCGCGAUGGGGACGGAUGUGGCCCAGGUCUGGUACGACGAAAGCAAGAUGAGAGCCCAUCUCCUGGACUGCUUCAAACGUCGUCACCUGACACCCUUCCCUCGAGUCCGUUGGAUCCCCAGCGGGCGAUCCAGCUCGGAUCACCGGAUCACUUUGGUUUGCCGCUGCCGGCGAGGCUUCGCAGGCGAGAGACUUGGAGGACUGAUUAAGUGUAAGAAAUGUCACCAGGUGUUUCACAUGGCCUGCUGUUUUAUUGAAGAAAGACGCAAGAAAAAGUACACAUGUGGAAGGUGCUCCGGGCAUAGGAACUGA